AUGUUUGAUUAUAAAGCCAUCUGCACCGUUUCCACCGGUCUAAUUUUAGUGUCAACAUCCUUCAUUAUGGGUGUUUUCUACAACAAUUUAGCAUACGAUUAUGAAUUACUAUUCAACCCGGCCGUUACGCAAGAAGCUUUCGACAAUUCUCUAAAGCAUUAUCAACUUUUAAAUGAUGUUGGUCGUCCAUUGCUUUACAUUUUGGGAUUUGUCACUUUCUUAGGUUUGAUUGGUAACAUUGCAAGAGUUUACAAGCCAAAUCCAGAAUUACAAAUCUUCGAAUACUGUUCAUUAGGUUUAUUCGUUCUCGGUAUUUGCAUCUUCAUUACCAACAUCAAGACUGGUAUUGAAUGCUCCAUAACUCACAGCUGGGGUGAAGUCACCGAAAACCAAGGUUUAGCAGUCAUCGGUUCCUCGAAUAUUAUUCUCUUAAUCGUUUUCUUAGGUGUCUUGGUACUACAAGCCGGUCUAUGGUACAGUAAUUACGAUUAUGAAAACAGAUUAAAGGCAUUCUAUGCUGCAGAAUCCGCCAAGGCUCCAGCAACGAAGUCUACUCCUGCAAAGGAAAAGAAACAAAAGAAGGAAGCUAAAAAGACUAAAUGA